AUGUGUGGUCAGUCCACAGACGACUUCUACAUAAUAUCUUCGGGGCUGGUGGCUGGAGAAACGACCAUUGGAAACAGUAACAGAACGCUCUUUCAGUAUAUCAGCCCUCAUGGACAGGUAUUGGAGUACGCUCGAGCGAUGGUGGCCAACCGUUUGGCCCGCAACGGCAAAGAGUGGGUAGAAAUUUUCAGGAAACAUAAUAGCGGUACCUACAACAACCAGUGGUACAUAGUGGACUACAAGAAGUUUAGGCCGAGGACUUCACGUCAGAAAGGCGCCAUCAAACCUGGUCUGCUGUGGGUCGUAGAGCAACUGCCUGGAUACAUGGAAGCUGCGGAUUUGACAAAAAAGUUCAAAGAGUUAGGCUAUUUUCCAUCAUACAAUAUCCCUUUGUUUCGUCGAGUCUUCAGCCUGAGCGGUGGCAACGUCAGAGUAGCCACCUUCGGCGAGUGGUUCGGGUACAGAACCAACCCCAGAGCCAAGAUUCUUAGUGAGAAGCAGGCCAAUAUCGGCAAUUUGCGAGAUAUGUAUUUCACAAUGCGAUACAACGAUUAUAAGCAUGACCCAUUAUCUCGAUGUGAAAACUGUGACCCCCCAUACUCCGCUUGCAACGCCAUUGCAGCCAGAAAUGAUCUAAACCCGGCAAACGGGACUUUUCCAUUUCGUGCUCUUGGUCAUCGUAGCCACGGUGCAACAGACGCUAAGAUAACAAGCGCGUAUCUCAGAACCAGCUAUAGGUUUUUGGCAGUCGCCAGCCCUCCGCACAACAUCUCCAGAGGAAUACCUCCUUUUCAGUGGAGUAAAUUUGACUUGGGAAAGACGUUAUCUCACGUUGGACAUCCAGACGAAUGGCUAUUUCAACCGCUUCUCCACGAUUGGGAGUGGGAUUUUUCUGCACAAUUCACAUUAUUUGUUUGGGGUCAAUUAUUAGGCGGGUCCACGCAGAGCAAGCCACAUCGCGAGGAUUUGCCUCAGCUGGGACAUGCACGCGCGCCGCCUCGGUCGAGCGACAGAGCGGCCGAACCAUGGAGCGUCGGUAUGUUUGACUCAAAGGCGGCUCGGUCGCUUAAUGCGCUUCGAGUUGUUCCGUGCCUCGCUCGAGCAUGGGACUAA